UUAAGAACAAGUUAAUAUGGCGUCAUCAUAAUAAUGUUAUGAGGACACUUCUAGCUUUUUGUUGAUAUUUUUGGGGAUGAUUUAAGAGAUAUGGUUCUCCGAUGCAUUUUGAUACUGAUAUUUGUACCUUUUACACUUUCUAAUCCGACCGGAUGUACGUACAGUACAGACAUUCUGUUAUAUUCCUGCGACAGCCGAUUAUGGGUGUUACCUCUCGAUUAUUCCCAGUUUACGGUGCAGCCACAGAGACUUCUGAUCAAAGACAUGUCCGGAGAGCUUGCAGCAUCUGCUCCUAAUGGACCCGUGUUUAGUGGCUUCAGUGCGAUCAAUACUGCAUUAUUUGAUGUAAGAUUCCCGCCAUCUUUACACAUAAUGUGUGUCGCUAAUGGCUUUCUCAUGAUGGUAAAAGAUGCAUUUCAAGAUUUUGGAUGGGUUGAAGAACUGAUUAUACAGGAUUGUGACAUUCUUUCGCUCCCCGCGCAAGUGUUCGCACAUUUUGGUGAUCUGAAUUCUUUAAUCAUAGAAGGUGGUUCAAUGGAUGCUAUGGUCGCAGACACUUUCUAUGGAUUAAAUGUCAACAAAAUGUCGUCUGCUGUCACACCCAAAGGGGAACUUAUACUUCGGAACACUGAAAUUAUUGGCGGUGCUUUGCCAUACGGCGGUCUCUUCACUCAAAGCAAUGUAUCAACCAUAGUACUAGACAACAUACACCUGAGCUCUCUUCGUACAGAUACAUUCUAUAAUAACCUUAAACUUACCAAUUUAUCUAUAAGUUACAACGCCUUAACAAGUAUUCCAGACAAUCUGUUUAUCCAGUCACAAUCUUUACAAUACGUUCGGAUAUACGGCAUACCUUGGGCGUGUGCAUGCAGCUCUCUCGGGUUUAUACCUUAUGUCAUCAACAAUAACAUCACUUUGGAAGGAGAUAUAAUUUGUACAUCGCCUGCGAAUUAUGCAAAUCAGAGAGCAGCAGUUUAUUAUGUCACCAACUGUAUAAGUUAUGAUGUUUGUGCUGGGCAAACAGGUUUUGUAAGUGGUGGAAAAUGUAUAACUGUGUUAGAUAUCAUAAGCUAUGUAUUAUUCGUUCUCAAUACUAUCAUAGCUUGUAUAGCCUUUGGUCUCGUGUUGCAUCUUUUCCUCCGACUUAAAGAAAUUAAAGACAAAAGAAGAGGCUUUAUGCUACGGAGAAUGUUUGGUGUUGAGCAGGCCAAGACUAAAACUUUCAAUGUUGUCAAGCCACGGGACCCUUCAUUUGACUAAUGCCAGCAGGCCAAGACUAAAAUAUUCAAUGUUGUCAAGCCACGGGACCCUUCAAUUGACUAAUACCAGCAGGCCAAGACUUAAAUAUUCAAUGUUGUCAAGCCACGGGACCCUUCAUUUGACUAAUGCCAGCAGGUGAAGAUCUGACCAUUUAAAAGAGUUAAAACGAAAUACCUGUCUUUUGACAUUAAUUAUUAACAAGAAUAUCUGCAUCAAAUACUUUGGUCUGUAUACUGAAAGCGCGCAUAGAAGCUCUGCAAAUC